AAAAUUGCAUUUCCAAAAAUAUUGAAGACGAUGAAGCGCAGUGCGCAAAAAGGAAACUAAAUUGCUAGUUUCAAUUUAGCAGUUUGAGUGGUUGCCGAUUUGAACACAACUCAGCGCAGGGCAGAGCAAAUCCCAAGUCAAAUUCUUCCAACACGAAAACCAGUAAAUCCAAAACCAACUUUCUUCCAAUGUGUGCCGUCUCACUCUGCCAAAUGCAAACCAUCAGCUGCUCAAGUUCCCCAACGAGCAAAGCCCUAAAAUGCCAAAGCUAGCAUCGCAUGCUCCUUCACUCUCUAAUCCUAACCCUAGAUCCUAAAGAAGAAGACAAUGGCCAAGCACGCCUCCGCCGCCGUUGGCUGGGGCCACCACCACUUGCAGAAGCGCUGGCUCUUGGCUCUUCUCCUCAUGCUCACUGUUUCAACUGUUAUUGCCUUCUUCAUGAGAGCCGCCUUCGAUUCGUGCGAUCGGAAUGUUUCUGUUGAUAAUGUUAUCAGCUCAGCUCGGGAUUCCGUCCAAGUCGCCGAUAAGCGAGCCCCGCAGAUCGCUGCUGCAAAGCCGAGUCCACUCAGUUUCAUGAAGUCCAAGAUUGUUCUACUGGUGUCGCAUGAGCUCUCGCUUUCUGGUGGACCAUUGUUGUUGAUGGAGCUAGCAUUUCUAUUAAGAAGUGUUGGUGCUGAAGUUAAUUGGGUUACAUUUAUGAAACCAUCUGAAACUGAUGAAGUAAUAUAUAGUUUAGAACAUAAGAUGUUGGACAGAGGAGUGCAGGUUUUCUCCGCGUUUGGAAAAGAAGCUAUAGAUACUGCUUUAAGAGCUGAUUUGGUUGUUUUGAACACAGCGGUUGCUGGGAAAUGGCUAGAUUAUGUUCUUAAGGAAGAUGUUCACCGUGUUCUGCCUAAGGUGUUGUGGUGGAUCCAUGAAAUGCGAGGCCAUUACUUCAAAUUAGAGUAUGUAAAGCAUCUUCCCUCUGUAGCUGGUGCAAUGAUUGAUUCACACGUCACAGCGGAAUAUUGGAAGAAUAGGACUCAAGAGCGGUUGAAGAUUAAAAUGCCUGAGACCUAUGUUGUUCACCUUGGAAAUAGCAAUGAACUGAUGCAAGUUGCAGAAGACAGUGUGGCUAAAAGGGUUUUGCGUGAACAUGUUCGUGAAUCGCUUGGAGUGCGCAAUGACGAUUUACUCUUUGCCUUAAUAAAUAGUGUUUCACGAGGAAAAGGGCAGGAUCUCUUUCUACGCUCUUUCUACGAGGCCUUACAACUGAUCAAGCAAAAGAAAAUGCAGGUGCCACCAUUGCAUGCAGUAAUUGUGGGAAGUGACAUGAGUGCUCAUACGAAACUUGAAAUGGAAUUACGAGAUUAUGUAACGCAGAAGAAAAUUCAAGAUCGUGUUCACUUUGUGAACAAAACUCUAACAGUAGCUCCAUAUUUAGCUGCCGUAGAUGUUCUUGUUCAGAAUUCUCAGGGACGGGGAGAAUGCUUUGGACGGAUAACAAUCGAAGCAAUGGCAUUUCAGUUGCCUGUGCUGACAGGGAACAGCUGCCGGGGGCACAACGGAAAUAGUAGUGAACGGCACAACAGGUUUAUUGCACCCUGCUGGGAAAGAAGGGGUGACAACUCUGGCGAAACAUAUUGUGAAACUAGCUACGCAUGUAGAGAGGAGGCUUACAAUAGGAAAGAGAGGGUACGAAAGGGUGAAAGAAAGAUUUCUAGAACAUCACAUGGCAGAGAGAAUUGGUGAAGUACUUAAAGAAGUGUUGAGGAAGUCUAAAAUCAGAUCAAGUAAACACCUUUGACAGUGAAAACCCCCGCCCACCAUAAAAUUACAAUGAGGUAUAUCCAGUUUUCAAUCAACAUAAUGGAGUGACAUCUUUAAUUCUGGCCUUUUUCUUUUCUUCUUCUGUCUUCUUUUCAACUAGUUCGCCGUAUGUAAAUUAUUUUACAUUGUUAUAACACAAUGUUCAGUAGCUGUUUAUCUGGUCGACAAGUCUUUUAAUUUUUACUUGUUUAUGGGCAUAAUACAAUUAGAUUAGUAAAGAAUUCAGCUCAAGAGUGUCUGAGAAGUUCUGGAAUGUUACAAGUGAAGAACUCGGUGAUAUAAAAUGGAAAAGUUUAACGAGUACAGUCUCUUUGCCAGCGGCAAUUCUGUUUGAACUUGAUACAUAAGCAAUUAUUUAUAAAUAAUGCUAGUGCAUCACUCUUUUUAUUUAA